AUGCAAUUUGAAGGUUACGCUGUUACUGAUCCAGAACAUUAUACAACGGUUGAAAAAAUCAAAUUCACUCCUAAAACAUUUGAUGACCAUGAUGUGGACAUCAAGAUCAUAGCUUGUGGAAUUUGUGGACUGGAUUGUCAUACAAUAAGUGGUGGUUGGGGUAAAUAUAAUGUUCCUCUUAUCGUAGGACAUGAGAUUAUUGGUCAUGUUGUGAAUGUUGGAAAGAAAGUUUCAACACUCAAAGUUGGAGACAGAGUUGGUGUGGGUGCACAGGUUGGUGCUUGUCUUGAAUGUGAUAUAUGUAAGUCAGGUGAAGAAACAUACUGUCCCCAUUUAAUCGAUACAUAUAACGCUAAAUAUCCUGAUGGAUCAACUGCCUGGGGAGGAUAUGCAUCGCACGUAAGAUGCCAUGAAUUUUUCACAUUUAAGAUUCCAGAUAAAUUGGAAACAAGCGUGGCUGCUCCAAUGCUUUGCGCAGGCAUAACAACUUAUGCCCCCAUUAAAAAGAACUUCACUGGACCAGGGAUGAAAAUUGGAAUUAUCGGAAUUGGAGGUCUUGGCCAUUUAGCAAUUAUGUGGGCGAAAGCGUUAGGAUGCGAAGUCUUUGUGUUUUCUAGAGGAACAAAAAAGAAAGAUGACGCAUUCAAGCUAGGAGCCGAUCACUACUUCGAUCUGACACAGAAGGAGUUUGGCGAGAAUUUGAAUUACAAGUUAGAUAUGAUUUUGUCUUGUGCUAGCUCCUCUAAGAGUUUUGACAUAAAUGAAUUUUUGAAGAUGCUUAAGGUGAGAGGUAAAUUCAUUAGCGUUGGUUUACCUGAAGAGCCCUUCAGUGUAAUGGCUCAAAGCUUUACUGGAAAUGCAUGCUUCUUAGGCUCUUCUCACCUCGGUAAUAGAAAGGAAAUGUUUGAAAUGCUCAAUUUAGCUGCUGAAAAGGGAGUGAAAACUUGGGUUGAAACAAUUCCAAUUAGUGAAUCGGGGGUUAAAAAGGGAUUAGAGAAGACUCUACACAACGAUGUUAGGUAUAGAGUAGCCUUGAUAGAUUUUGAUAAGCAGUUUUAA